CCUUGAUUUGCCAUGAGGGUGAGACUCGAUUUUCUUUUGCCAUAUCCAUCCCGUAUAUGAUUCAUUAUGCGAGCGAUUUUGGCGUGGGGUUUGACAGCAGCUGUGUCUGCUUUGCAGACUCUUCCACCCGUGCGAUGGGCAGAACAUGAUCAGUCGUUUGGUGGAUUUGAUCCUGCGAGGGGAGCGCAUGACAUCUAUAUUUCGAAUUCUUUUGCUUCGCAUCGAGACCAGAGUGGGCUAACGUUGAUUCCGCCCUCGGCGGCCGAGUUCGCGAGGACAUUCCGCGACGAUAUGGAAGAGGUCACGGGAAAAAGAUGGCGGCUUCACGCCAUGGAUGAACUACCGCACGACAAGGAGGGAAUCUUCCUCGAUAGAUCCCAUAGAAGCAACUGGGCGUACGAGAACGGUGAUGCUACAGAGGAGGGCUACGAGUUGGAAGUGCAAGCCGACCGCGUUGUUAUCAAAGGGUCUGGCGCGCGGGGAAUGUGGUGGGCAACGCGGACACUCCUGCAGCAGAUAAUCAUCGCUGGAAAACGGCCAAUUUCGCAGGGCCAGGUGACCGAUGUGCCCUCAGUGCCCACUAGAGGGUUUUUACUUGACGCAGGUAGAAAGUGGUAUUCACCUGCAUUUCUGAAGGAACUAUGCACCUAUGCCUCGUUCUUCAAGAUGUCCGAGUUCCACUAUCACACAAGUGACAACUACCCGCUUAGUCGUGGCCACAAUGAGACCUGGAAUGAUGUCUACGCCCAGUUUGCGCUGCAUCCUGCAAAUCCCGACUUGCAUCCCAUUGUUCAGCGAGCAAAUGAGACUCUUUCCCGAGCUGACUUUGAGGAUCUGCAAGAGCACUGUGUCCAGCGAGGGGUGACGGUGAUACCAGAGAUUGAAGCUCCCGGGCACUGCUUAUUUUUGACGAAGUGGAAGCCUCAGCUGGCGUUGGACCAGAAGGAUCUGUUGAACCUGACACAUCCAGAGACGAUUACGACAGUCAAGCAGAUAUGGGAAGAGUUUCUUCCCUGGUUCCAAACCAAGGAAGUCCACAUUGGCGCCGACGAGUAUGAUUCAACACUGGCAGACGACUACGUCGACUUCGUGAACGAAAUGGCACGGUUCGUGGACGAAAAGUCCGGAAAGAGGGUUCGCAUCUGGGGUACGUACGAGCCAUCCGAUAAACCUAUUUCGAAAGACAUCAUCAUACAGCACUGGCAGUACGGACAGUCAGAUCCGGUGCUACUAUCAAACCAAGGUUACGACGUCAUCAACUCGGAAGACUGGUGGGCUUACAUGUCGCUUAAAAACUCCCACGUACCAAUCACCCCAGCCCCGUAUCCCCAACUCUUCAACAACACGCGUGUCCUCAAUUUUGCCGACCAAUCGGGCUGGCAAUGGACACCCGAACUGUUCAACCCGGUCAAUGUUACGGAACAGCCGAGCAAACCACCAAAAGGGGCGAUUCUAGCCGCGUGGAAUGACAACGGACCAGAUGCGACGACGCAACUGGAGUCAUUCUAUGCAAUUCGCGAUGGAAUCCCCGUCGUGGCCGCCCGUGCUUGGUCCGGGAACCGUGGACCUCUUCUUGAAGAAUCAGGCUUAUCGGAUUCAGUGGAUCUUCUGACAUCCGCCGCCGUGGCGCAGAACCUGGAUCGCCGGAUUAGAAAGACAGCCGAGCGAAACAAUGGCUUUGUCAACUGGAAAACAACCAACCAGAGAGCCACAGACAGGUUUAGUCUGGGGUACGGAAGCAAGGGAAUGAAUUACAUGUUGGACAUGGUUGUUUCGGGACCAUUCACCCUUUCCUCCAGCGACGUUACCCUCGAUUUGUCACCCUCGGGCUCUUUGACGUUCAUCUCCGAUGGAUGGCCAUAUCCUCUCCGCUCCGUAGCUGAAAACGACGGAUUCGACCCCAUCGAACUGGGCAGAAUAUGGGCAAACCAGACCUCUUCAUCCCACGAGCCGGUCACCGUUCCCUUAGAGAGCCAAAUCACUAUUCGAACCGACGUUACCGGAGGAAGUCGCGUGUGGGUGAACGGGAACUUCACUGGCCGAUUCGAAGUGUUCGUAUUUGGAGGAAAGAACAAGGAGUUCUCCUGGAGUCAGAUGGCCUUUGUGGCACCAUUGGAAUGGCUGCAAGGAAGUGUAAAUGCGCUGCGGCCCUACCCCGAAUUUAGCCAUUUAUCCAUCUUCACCCGCGCCCCCGCAUCUCCUUACACGGAUGAUUCGAGGCUGAACUGGAUCACCGAACACAAGGGCGAGGCACCGCCUCCAGGAUGGGUGCAGCCAGUCAACAACCAAUCCGCCUCCGGAGGCUACAACUGGGGCUACUAUGUCGCGCACAAGACACACGCCAACCGCUACAACUACGCCGUCAGCGGUGCAGUCUGCUCGAACAAGAUCAGCCCGCGCACAUACGCCGCCAUCGACGCCCCCUUUCCCUCCGUACUGGAGUACGAAGUCCCUGCUUUCCUCGCCGACAGCAAAUACAGCGUCCCACCAUCCGGCAAAAAAUUCCUCGACAUCCCCGCCGACGAAACAAUCUACGCUAUCUGGAUCGGUACCAACGACCUCGGCAACUACGCGUUCAUCACAGAUUCGCAGAUUGCCGGCAAAACAAUUCCAGACUACAUCGAGUGUGUCUACCAGGCGCUGGAUGCGGUGCACGCGAACGGAGGCCGUUACUUCGUACUGAUGAACCUCGCGCCGCUGCAAUUGGCACCAAUGUAUGCGACGCCCGAGAAUGGUGGCACGGGGCCGAAUUCAUUCUGGCCCGAGAAACCGGAUAAUAAGACCGCCGUUAGCUAUCGGAUGUGGGACCAGGUGACUGCUGUGAAUGAGGUGCUUGAGUACAAGACGGCGUACGAGGCGGCUAUUGCGAAGAGAUACCCCGGCGCGAAGCUGGCGACCAUGGACGUGUAUGGCUUGCUGAGCGAUAUGUACAACCACCCGGAGGACUUCUUUGGGCAGGGCUCGGCGGUCAACGUGACCGGAUACAACAAGCAUUGUGACGUAAAGGGCCAGAACUGCGAGUAUCUGCCACAUCCAGAGCAGUUCAUGUGGUACGAUGAGCUUCACCCAUCCGAGGUUACCGAUAAGGUGAUCGCAGAUGAAUUCGUGAAGGUGACGAAAGGAAAAAGCAAAUACGCCACUUAUUGGUAG